AAGCAGCUCAUUUUUGGCUAAUUUACCAUAACACGAAUCAAGAGUCCUUCUUCACCCAGAAGUACAUUCCUCCUCGCGCGAACCGGAAGUGCUCUCCGUCUGUCUUCGUGUUUGUGUUUAGCUCCGCUAGCGGCUCCAGAACACCGCGAUGAAGGCGUCAUGACGUCGCGUCUGAGGAUGGACAGCAGCUGCGCGCUGGUCACUCUCUGCUGAACCCAUGCUUUCUGAUGAACUUGACUCCAAACCUGAGCUGUUGGUUGAGUUUGUUCAGAGCGCGUGUGUCCCGCUGGGUCAGAGUCUGGAGGAAGUGGACACUAGAGCGUCCUGUGCUUCGCUGCUGGAUCUGUCAGAGAGCGCUCUGAGUCAUGGCUCCUCCCCCUCGCUGUCAGACUUCGGCCCUGAGCGAAGCCCAUUGGUGGUUCAGCUGCAGGCUCCUCCCCCUCCGCCCAGCAUCCUGCAGGACCUCCAGAACCACGACAGCACUUCUUACGUCCUGCUCAAUCUGGCCAAAGGGCUGUCGGCCGAGCCGCUGGUGUUCGUUCAGGACGAGGCGCAGGAGGAGAUUUCGUCCGGAGACUGCGGAGCGCCGUGGUACCUGCGGGUCCAGGAGCUGGCUCACGACAGUCUGAUCGCCGCCACACGCGCACAGCUGGCCAGAGACGCACGCAGCAGCCCUGACCACACCCACAGCGGUCAGUCCGAGCAGACGCACGAGCCCAGAGUCACGUCAGAGAAGAUCCACCGCUGCCCCUACGACAGCUGCCACCGGACCUUCAGCUACCCAGCACACCUCAGAUACCACCUGAAGACACACCGGAACGACCGUACGUUCCGCUGCGGCGCUGAGGGUUGUGGGAAGAGCUUCUAUGUUCUGCAGCGGCUGCAGGUUCACAUGAGGACACACAACGGAGAGAAACCCUUCAUCUGCAGCGAGAAGAACUGCGACAAGAAGUUCACCACCGCCGGCAACCUGAAGAACCACAGACGCACUCACACCGGUGAAAAGCCCUUCCUGUGUGAAGCUGAUGGCUGCGGCCGAUCUUUCGCAGAAUAUUCCAGUCUGCGCAAACACAUGCUCGUACACUCGGGUGAGAAGCCGCACGUGUGCUCCAUCUGCGGGAAGACGUUCUCUCAGAGCGGCAGCAGAAACGUUCACAUGAAGAAGAGACACAGCGCCGAGACGCCGCCGCCGGACAGCACAGACACGGCUGAAGCGCUCACUCACAGCAGUCUGUUGGAGGAGGAUGGCGGCGGUGAUUCGAUGGUCAGCGUCAAUCUGCAUCACGAGAUCUUACCGACUCACGAUCUGCGCUCGUCUCUGGAAGCGUCUGAGGAAUCAAACACGCAUCAGUUCAUCUCAGAGACGGUUUCCACAUGAAGCGUUUCUUUCUCUGAAGCUCUUUAAUGGAUCCUGAACUUCUGGAAGUGGUAGAUAGCAGCUCCCAAAGCCCAGCUGGUCUCCACGUUCCUCACCUUCUUGGUCAGCUGGAAACACAAGCAGCAGGGUUAACCAGUGAAUCUACAGCAGGUUAAAGACAGAGAAACCCAGACGUACCUGCAGGACGGUGCUUUCCUUGAAGCCGAAGCCGUCUUUGAGCAGACAGACGAUGUAUGUGAGAUCCAUGCAGAGGAACGGAUUGAGCUGAGUGCGUUCAGACGGACGGUUACACACUACAACACACACACACACACACAAGAGCUCAUGUUGGGUUUGUGUGAUCAGGUAUAUGAGAUGAGAUGAAGAUGAGUCUCACCCUCUUUCGCUCUUUUCCUGAAGUCUCGGAUCUUCACGGCUCCUCCUCUGCUCUCAUCUGCAGCGUUUAAGAGAUUCAUUCUCAUCACAAACUGAUGCUGAAACUAAGAGUUCAGUCACAAACUAACAGGCUUUCUGGUUUAACAAGACUUUUAAGACCAAACAGAGAACAUUUGAGGAAU